AUGAAAGUCUAAUAGUAAAGUGAUUAUGACACUAGAGUUACCUAUGUUCCUUAGAAAAAGAAAGAAUUUUAAUAUCAUACUAAAUAACCAGAAAUUAAUGUUCUCUAAAACUAUUAAUCUUAAAGCAAUAAAAUAGAAUCCAUACCUGGUCAUAUUCGAUCAAAAUCAUAUGAACAUGAUUGUUUUACUAAAGCAUAAAAUACAUUCGGAAUUAACACAGAUUAAUCAUAACUAUAACCAUUAAAAACUAAACGAUAACAUAGCAUCUCUUAAAAAGAAAAUGAUCCUGGAUUUUUAUCUCCUAAAUUCAGAUUUGAAAGUUGUGAUACUCUUAUUACUAGAAAAUCUUAAAAGUAAUAAUUUCUUAUUUAUCAUUUAUUUCAGUAGUUUCAUUAAUGAAUUAUCAGAAUGUGUGGAUCUUUCAAAAGUGACAGAAUUAUCUAUGCAAUCAUAGAUAUCUCCAUGUAAAACCUAAAGUGAAUUGUAUUAAAAAAUAGAAGCAAAAGAUAAUUUAAUUGAUGAACUAUAAAAAUAAUUGACUAACACUUUAAAAAAUAUGACAUAAUAGAUAGAUUUAUUAAGAAAUGAGAAGAAUAAAGUUAUUUAAUAAUAAAUUAGAUAAAUUGAAAUCUAUGAAUAAUAAUUAUAGGAAUCCAGAUAAGAAAUAUAAUAAAAGAAUAAGGAAUUAUAGCUUUUAAAAAAAAAUCAAAAGGAUAUUAAAAAAGUACUUGAUUUUAGAUAAGAAAAAUAUAUAAUAAAUUGUAAAAUUUGAAUUUAUUUUAUAAUAGCUACUCCUUAGAACUUUUAAUCUAAAAAAGAAUGUAUGUGUUCACAACUUGAAAGAGAAAAUAAAGCUUUGUUGGCUAAAGUUGAUUAAUUUAGAUAAUAACUUCAUGAUCUUAAAUAAAAUCUUGAAUUUAAUAAUCUCUCUAUUAAUAAUCAAAUUUCUGUUAUUGAGAAAUGUGACUUAACAUAAUUUGAAAAAACUUUUAAACAAUUAGCAGAUGAACUUAAUUUAACUAUUGAUAGCAAAAAUAUUAAUUCUAGUUUUAGUUUAUUAAAUCAUGAAGUUAUAGAAGGUGUGAAAACAUUAAAAUAAUAGUUUAAAGAAAAUGAAAAAUUUAUAAGAUGUUUAAAAGAUUUAGUUAUAUAAUGUGCACCAUAAGAUUAUUUUUGUUAAUCAGAUCCAAGCUUAAAAGAAGUUUGGAAAUUCAUUAAAUAAAUAUUAUAAUCUUAUCUUGAACAUAAGAAAUAGGCAUAAUUAAAUGAAGUAAAAUUUUAUUAAUUAUAUAAGGACAUAGUAUUUACAUUAUGUAAAUAUUUUAGAUGUAAUAAAGGAGAAUUGAAUCAUAAAGGAGCUUGUCUUAUAGUGGAUUAAGAGGUUUAUUAAAGAAUAGUUGA